UUUCUGUGGCCACAGUCGCAAGAUGCUGAGAAGAAAACCUGCGAAAAUCGAAGUCAAGAUCGAAGACAAAGAAGAAAUCGAGGAACAUCGCCGCCGUAACGCCACCGCCAACGCCGCCGCAGCAACCACCACUGGCGCCGCCACUCUCAUUCGUCAGUUCGAUCGCGCCGAGGAUCCCUCUUCCAAAGCGCAUCGCAUUGGCCUCUCCUCUCCAUAAACCCUUCUCCGUCCGCUCCCUUUCUCUCUCCCCUUCCGAUAUGGAGGUCGAGGUCAAGCUCCGCCUCCCCAACGCCGAAGCUCACCGCCAAGUCACCACCCUGCUCGCCCCCUUCCACGUCACCACCCACCGCCAGCAUAAUCUCUUCUUCGACGGCGCCGCCGCCGAGCUCUCCUCAAAGCGCGCCGUUCUCCGGCUCCGAUUCUACAACGACGACUCGCGCUGUGUCGUUUCGCUCAAGGCUAAGGCGGUUCUGGUCGACGGCGUGAGCCGCGUGGAGGAGGAUGAGGAGGAUCUGGACCCGAAGGUCGGUCGCGAUUGUGUGGCGGAGCCGGGGAAGUUGGGGUCGGUGGAGUCUAGGAUUUUGGGGAGGGUGAAGGAGGAGUUUGGGGUUGCGGGUGAAAAUGGGUUCGUGGGUUUGGGGGGUUUUCGGAACGUGAGGAAUGUGUAUGAAUGGAAGGAUUUGAAGUUGGAAGUGGAUGAAACCAUGUUUGAUUUUGGAACCUUGUAUGAGAUUGAGUGUGAGAGUGCUGAUCCUGAAGAAGCUAAGCGUCUCCUUGAGGAUCUCUUGAAGGAGAAUGGAAUUGAUUAUUCAUACUCUGUGGCGUCCAAGUUUGCAAUUUUUCGAUCUGGGAAACUGCCACAGUGAUUGAUGUUUCAAUCUUUCUGAAUUGUAAUAGUUUUCUGUUCAAAUUUCUUGUUUUCGUUUUUAUGUAUUUGUCUUAUGAUCUUGUUUAAAAUUUAUGUCUAAGUUCUAAAUGAUUAUUGGUCUUUUACAUUCUGUAUUAAGAUCAUUUUUUUCCUA